GCACAACGAGGCACAUUCCAUGCUAGUCUUUCGAUCACAUGCCCGAGUGGCCACCAGGGCACUUUUAUGUAAGGCUUGUAGAAUAUCUGCUAUAAGACAUGGCCGGACGGCUACUUUGGGCUCCAAGUCAAAACUUCUGGACUUCAAGAAGCAGCGGGUCCUACAGGAGUGGGCAGGCAAGAAAGGCACGGGAGCAAAGGGACAAGCAACGGAGACGCCGAAGGUGGUAACAGAGACCGCUGGUACUUUGGGCCUCGUCAAUAAUGGGACCCACAUGAGCUUUUCGGCUUUAGGCGUCCCACAGUCCCUUACUCGCACGCUCGGUAGUAUAUUCAAUGCAACCAAUGCGUCACCCUGCCAACGGGCUCUUCUCCCUGCGAUGCUUUCCCACAGCGACGUGAUGUUGAAAGACACUACUGGUGCAGGGAAAACCUUGGGCCUCGUCGUAGGCCUUCUCAGCAAGUCCCACCCACCUUUACUGACACCUGCCACGGUUGAUACCGACACUCCACGUGAUAAGCCAAGACCACCCCACACAAUCGAACCUCUGCACUCCCAACGAUACCUUCACACUCUUGUCAUAGUCCCUACCCGCGAACUUGCCGUUCAAAUCACAACCUGGAUACGCGAUCUAUCCCCACAUGUCUCACCAUCGGAUCACUCAAAAUUGGUCCAGUGCGUCGUGAGUGGCGUAGAUGAAGACCUCCAGUUCAAUUUUCUGCGAUCUGAGACACCGCGCAUUAUCGUCGGAACCCCGGUUCGCUUACAAUCCCUCUACAAUCGCCGCGCUUUUGAUGUUAGCAGACUGCAGACAAUGGUGCUUGAUGAAGUCGAUCGGUUGGUGGAAGCCCGCGGACGCUAUGAUACAAUUAAUGAGAGGUUCAAAAAGGUUGUACAUCCAAUGGCGGGAGAGCCGCUAGUAGAUGCGAUCCUCAAGGAGAGGAGGGCAGCCCGCCAAAGGGCGACGGAGAGCAAAAAGACAGGAGAUCCCAUGUUGAGGCAAAUGCAGGUCGUUAUCUGCUCCGCAACCCUCAACAACCCAUUACGACGGAACCUUACCUUGAUGCGAGGGUGGUUAAAGACCCCCAUUUUACUAGACUUGAACGGAACAUCCAAGGCACCUAGCAAUAUAACCCAUCGCUGUCUGGUGGUUGACAUGUACGGUGGCGUAAAGCCCUUGGAAUCAUCCCAGGAUACCAGCUCGCGCUCUCGACCAGAAACUGCAGAUCCAGGCGAUGAAGAGGAAGCAUCUGCUCUUCCAGAUGCAGCAGACGAAAUUAUCGAAACAAUCAGUCGAAUCUGCUAUGAGGAGAAGGUGCAAAGUGGGCUGGUCUUCGUGCACACGUCCGUUUCCAUGUCUGCUCUGGUUAGGAAAUUGAAUGCCAUUGGGUUGAAAGCCGAUAGAAUACUGAACACAAUUGAUUAUGAGAAAUCCACUCUGGGAGGGCCCGGAACCGCAGUCAGGAAUGUUGCUAGCAAUGUUUCAUCAGCAGCUUUCAACCGUGUCUCUGAGCCUUCUCGGGCGGACCCUACCACUCAACCAGAGUCACUGCUAUCGUCCUCAGCAGAAUCAUCGUCUAGAGAGUCAUACCAUCGGCCUUUCGCGUCUUUUCUUUCUGGGCGUACAAAGCUUCUGACAUUGACAGAGUGGGAAGCCCGUGGUUUGGACCUUCCCAAUGUCACUCACGUGUUCAUACUUGGACCUCCGUCUAGCCCUGCGAGUUACCUGCACAUGGCUGGUCGGACUGGGCGAUAUGGGAGACCUGGGCAUGUAAUUACAUUACUGGGCGGGCGUAGAUAUUCAAGUAGGAUGCAAGGUUUAUUCCAACUGCUGCGGCUCCCAUUAGAGAAGGCUACUCAAGCAUAACCCGACCAUCGACCAUGUAUUAUAAGAUUCUAUUUCGCUCUUGUAUGCGCCGCUAUCGCUUAGCAGAUGUUUUACCCUUCUUCCCCGGUGACACGCUUCGUUGACCUGAGGGAUUUCCAAUGCUUGGUUAGGGGCAAGAUGUAAGUCCGUGGUAUAGAUCUAAGUUAGUGUCACCUUUAGGCGCUGUCUGCUGCUGCUGAGCGUAUUGCACGAGACUCGCAAUCAUUUUGUUAUGCAUCUCGGCGUCCAUAAUGAGCUGUUCCUUUGAAUCUAGCCAGUAAUUUGCC